AUGAACAUUAGAUUGGGGCCCAAGGUAUCUGCAAUUAUGAAGGGGAAGUUGAGGUUGGGUGCCAGAAUUCUUCAAGAAGGUGGUGUUGAGAAGUUAUUCAAGCAGAUCUUCAAUGUUAGAGAAGGAGAGAAGCUAUUGAAUGCUUCACAAUGUUAUUUGUCAACAUCAGCUGGUCCUAUUGCAGGUCUCCUCUUUAUCUCAGAUGAAAAUGUUGCCUUCUGCAGUGAGAGUUCUCUUACAUUCACUCUGCCAACAAAAGAUGUUAUUAGAACACCAUACAAGGUCAUGAUUCCAUUAAAGAAGAUAAAGGGAGCCAACCAAAGUGAAAAUGUGAACAAUCCAAACCAGAAGUACAUACAAGUAGUUACUGUGGAUAAAUUUGAGUUCUGGUUUAUGGGUUUUCUAAAUUAUCAGAAAGCUUUCAAGUAUAUUCAACAGGCCAUCUCUCAAUCUUAAGUGAGUCAGUUCUCUGUCCUUAUAACAGGAAAAUUGACCUUUCCCCCCAGGAAUUCUGCAAAGGUUAAAGCAUCAUGUAUAUAUUUCUUGAUGCUGGUAACGGGUGACAACCGUCAGGGGCGCGGAGAAGUU